AUGAUUGCAAACUCUAAAUUACAAGAUUGGUUUGCACAUAUGGAGGUGCAACAUUUAUCCAGAACUGGCUCAGACCAUGCCCCUUUACUACUUACUUGUGGUGAAUCUUCACAGCACAUAAGGAAACCUUUCAGAUUUCUAAAAUUCUGGACAGAACAUGAAUCUUUUUUAGAGGUGGUUAAUCAAGCAUGGAUCAUAGAUUUUGAAGGGGAUGAUUUUAUCAGAUUUAAGCUGAAAUUGAAGAAUGUGAAAUCUACUUUAUCUUCUUGGAGUAAGGCAACUUUUGGUGAUAUUUUCAAGCAACUGACAGUAAGGGAAGAGGUGGUGAGAAUUAAAGAACAAUGUUUUGAAGAGGAUCCUACUCCUAUGAACAAGAUGGUGCUACAACAAGCACAAGCAGCAUUGAAAAAAUAUGUUCAUUAUGAGGAAGAAUUUUGGAGACAAAAGUCACAUAUGACUAGUUUUGCUGAGGGUGACAGGAAUACAAGGUACUUUGAUAGUAUUGUGAAUGGUAGGAGAAAGAGAUGGCAGAUUAGAAGAAUUCAGAAUCAGCAAGGAGUAUGGAUAGAAGGGGAGUCACUUUUGGCAGAAGAAGCUUGUAGAUUUUACCAAAAGCAGUUCUCUCAAGAGGUUGAUCCAUUAGACUUUGAAUUUCUACAACAUGUUCCUAGUAUGGUGGAUCAAGAUGCUAACAAUCAGCUAUCAGUCACACAUACCAACCUGGUACUAUUACCAAAGAAGAAUAACAUUGAGACCUUUCCUGAUAUGAGACCAAUCAGUCUCAGCAACUUCAUCAACAAGGUUAUUUCUAGAGUGAUUCAGGAUAAACUUGAAUGCAUUCUACCUUCUCUGAUAUCUCCCAACCAGUCUGGAUUUGUUAAGGGCAGAUGUAUCAUUGAAAAUGUCCUUCUAACUCCAGAAGUUGUGACUAACAUUAGACUAAGAGGAAAACCAGCUAAUGUUGUACUUAAGCUUGACAUGGCUAAAGCAUAUGAUAGAGUAUCAUGGAGUUACUUGAUCAGAGUUUUAAGGAAGAUGAGAUUUGCAAAAACUUUCAUAGAUAUGGUUUGGAGGCUGAUAGCAAAUAAUUGGUAUUCCAUACUCCUUCAUGGUCAAGCUUAUGAUGACACAAUAAUUUUUUCAUCUACUGAUGCUAGAUAUUUGGAGCUAAUUAUGGAGGCAUUACAUGAAUAUGAGCAGGUGGAGAAUAUUACUGGUUUUAAAAGAGGCACUUUUCCUUUUACAUAUUUGGGUUGUCCCGUCACACAUUCAAGGAAGAGGAAGGUUAAUUACAAUGAUCUGAUCAAGAAAGUCAAGAAUUGGCUGCAGACUUGGAAAGAAAGAUUGCUAUCAUUUGGAGGAAAAGUUGUUCUGACCAAUAAUGUACUAAUGAGUAUGCCAAUACAUUUGUUGUCAGCCAUCAAACCUCCAAAAUAUGUUAUCAAUGAUAUGCACAAAAUCUUCUUAAGAUUCUUCUGGAAUAAUAGUGCGGAAGGCAGAAGAAGACACUGGUCAUCAUGGCUAAAUUUAUGUAAGCCAAAAGAGGAAGGAGGAGUAGGCUUUAGAUCUUUGUAUGAUCUAUGGGCAAACUACAUGUGGAUCAAAUAUUGCAAAAGGCACAGUCCUCAGACUGUGCAGUGGAAUGGAGGUUCUCAAGUAUGGAAGGCUAUAAUUGAGGCUAGAGAUAAUAGAGAGCAAGAAAUAUGGUGGGAACCAAGGAGUGGAACUGAAAAUGUAUGGUUUGACAACUGGACAAAGCUAGGGGCUCUAUAUCACAUCAUUCCAGAUUAUUUUGAGAUAGAUGAGGGUGUUCAAGAUUUAAAAGAACUUAUGUUGCAGGAUGGUUGGAAUAUAGGAAGAUUGCAGCAGUUAUUCCCUAUGGAUAUUUUGGAUCAUAUAUUAGAAGAAUUGCACUUUCAUGAACCAAAAGAAGAGUGGGAUAGACCAAGAUGGAUGAUGACAGCAUCAGGCAAAUUUACUGUAGGCACUGCAUGGGAAUUUCUGAGGAGCAAAGCAGUCAAGUCAGAUGUCUUUAAGAACAUGUGGACAUCAGGGGUACCUUUUAAGAUAUCCUUCUUUUUCUGGAGGUUAUGGAAAUACAAAAUACCAGUUGGAGAGGUAGUAAGAAGGAUUGGGGUAGAUAUGAAACUGUGGAUCAUUUGUUUGUUACAAGAAAUGUUGCUACAAAAGUGUGGACUUAUGUUAAAACUACUGUUGGCAUCACAACACAGUUUCAACAAGUCAGGCAGAUUAUUCAAGUCUGGUGGAAUGCAGAUUGCCCCUCAAAGUUCAGAACCAUCUUUAAAGCUAUUCAAAUGGUCACUAUGUGGCAGAUAUGGAAGUGGAGGAAUACAGUCCUACAUGGAGGGAGGAUGUCCAUCAACAAAGUGA